AUGUCCCGGAGCGUGGUACGGCAGGCCGUGAUUCCCGGCGCGGCAAUUACCCGACAAAGAGGCCCGAUCGCCGAGAUAGGGAGGAAAAGAAUGAUCCGGUUGACGAGACCUCCUAUCGGGAGGCGGUCGACAAACACCUUAUCGCCGUUCGUCACCGUCUCGAAGGGAAACUUCAUCUCGCGGGACAAACGGCCCGUUGUCGGGUCAAAGCGUCUGCCAGCCUCGAUAGCAUCGGCCGCCGCGCCCGCCUUAUCUGACCCAUAUCGCCACCGUGCCACUCGGGUCUAUUCCUGUAGAGCACUGCGCUCGGACGCCCCAAGUACUUCUAAAGCUCGGUGCUUCAUAAAGCCCUCAUUCGCCGCGCCCUCGCCGCUAAAACGUAAUCAAACCCCAGCCACAUCAAACUCCGCCGGGCCGGUGUCGGGAGACUUGGCGGGCCCGCGGACAGACGGACGAGCCGACUUCCGCCCGGUAGCCGCGGCGAAUGGGGUCACGGCGCACACAGCUCGGGUUGCAACGCCGCACUUUCCACUCCCGAUGGCAGAUACAACC